AUGUCGUGAUAUUUGAUAAAUUGCUCCCUUUGAUGUGUGCGCUCUGAGCGCAAUUGUAUAGGCUGUGGCUAGUCGCUGUACGCAUGCCUUAUUCUUUAAAAAAAAAAAAAAAAUUAAAUAUAUUAGCAGUAGCAUAAAUUUUCAGUUUUGCGGUUUGCAAAUGUCUUGAAAUGGACUGAUGGGACUAAUGUGAAAAAAGUAAAUGGCAGUGACAAGUAGGAUUUAUGGAUGCUCGCUUUGAAUAACUGCUCUUUCGGACACAUGCAGCUUAGUCUGCUCCCUUCAUAGGGCCCAUAGACUCCUUAUUCAGAGUCUAAUUCGGAUUUUUGCUAAUUUAAUGUGAAGUUGUUUUUUUUCUUUUAAUUUGAAGUAAAUUGAAUAUGUUUAAAGAAAGCAUUAAAAUUAACUUGUCUUGUUUGCGAAGCAGAAAUUGCGAUUUUUGGGGUUGUAUUUUUAACCAUAAGAUAAAUUCCUAGUUAUUUAUCUCUCCCUUUCGCUUUAGAGCUCAAUCAUUUUCUAUUGUUUUUAUUGUUAGUGGGGGGAUGAUCUAAUUUUGAUUUCUUAGAAGUCCUAGAAGUUCGGCCAGGCUGACAGUUCUGCCUCCUUGUAAAUCAUUCUCAGUUAUCCCUGAAAGGGUGCGAGGCUGUUGGGGGCCGGGCGAAAACUGUAAAUCUUUCACUUUUAUUACCCUCUGAACAUAUGCUGAGACGCUACCAGUCCGGCAUCCCUUCUUCUUCUUCUCUUCAGCAAAGAUUACCCACCGCUGAACCAACCAGAGGUCCGAGAACAGUCUGUGUGGUUCGAAAUCUUAGACUCUGGUCUUUCGGUAUAUUUUCACUGGUAUUAAAGCUUGCCAUUAUUUGGCAUAGUGUGGGGUUAGUACCGAAAACAAUGCAAGAAGACACUGGCUCCGUGCCUCUUUGUGCUUCAGCUGUGUGGGAAGACAGACACAACAAACACGAGAUGAUAAUGUGGUUUAUUUGAAUACAAUCCGUUCCCAGUUGCAAGAAAAAACACACACGUCAUUUAUUUCAUAAAUCAUUUUUUAAAAUGCACUCCCACAUCAUUGUGCAGUUGUUUGUAAAUUACACAGAACCGCGUUUUAAAACGUUUCAAUAUUAUGCAAAAUGUGGUGAGUGAGGCCCACUUUAUUCGUUUUAUUGCGAAAUCCCCGCUAGUUUCUAUCUUUGGGGGAGUGAGGUAAAGAAAAAGAAAUCUUCAUAAAUGUUGGAAAUUUCAAAACUUCUGUGACAUAAAAUGCACAGAUCAUUUUGCGCACAUGCAUUGCACUUGGAUGCCUUUGUGGGGGGGAGGUUACAGAUGUCUAAAUGUGCACGUUUAGCACCCAAACAAAAGCAUAUCUUCUUGGGUUUAAACGCUGAAGUGCAGGCGAGCUGCAAAGCUCGCAGCUCAUGAGGAGAUAAAAAGAAAUAGGCAGAGGAACAUUUUCACAUUCACACAGUUCAGAUGAGGAAAUAAACGCCACCCUUUAUCAAAAUGGAUUGGUGAGGUCGAGAUGGAAGCAGUGGUGAAUGCUUGAGGGGUAUAAAACAGAUCUGCGCAGAUUUCGGUCACAGAGUGGAGCAGCGGUGGGAAACACCAAUCACGUAAAUAAACAACACUCAUGCAACUGGAUAAAGCUUCUCUGGCUUACUGGCUUUGAAUCCACAAAAUGCAGAAAGCAACAUACUACGAUAACUCUGGACUUUUUGGAGGCUACACCUACCCCAAACCAGACUCUUACAACUAUGGGCCCGCACACCAGUCCUAUCCUACUUCAAACAUAGACAGCGACUACCAGGGCUCAGUUUGUCCCAUUCAGACAGCUGCAGUCCGGCCACCAGCCCUAAAAGACAGUGACCUGAACGGAGACUGCAUGCGACAAAGCAGCAGUCAAAAUAACAACAACAGCCAAGCGACUAGUGUUUCAGAGCAGCAGGCUCCUCCACUGUCUGCAUCUUCCCCUAGCUCCAACAGCUCUGCAUCCCAGAAGAAGAAAUCUCCAUCCAGCAGUGCUUCCAGCAGCGCCACACCAGCCCUCACCAAGCAGAUAUUCCCCUGGAUGAAGGAGACCCGACAGAACUCAAAGCAGAAGAACUCAAACAACUGUGCCACUGCAGGUGGUGAAGUGAGUGAUGAGAAAAGCCCACCGGGACCAGCGUCCAAACGGGUCAGAACUGCUUACACCAGCGCGCAACUUGUGGAGCUGGAGAAGGAGUUUCACUUUAACCGCUAUCUUUGUCGUCCUCGGAGGGUGGAAAUGGCAAAUCUGUUGAAUCUCACCGAGCGCCAAAUAAAGAUCUGGUUUCAAAACAGGAGGAUGAAAUACAAAAAGGACCAGAAGUCUAAAGGGCUGGCGCACUCCCCCCUGGGACAUUCCCCGGAUAGAAGCCCGCCGCUGAGUGGCCCAAAUCACAUUGGAUACUCUGGCCAGCUCCAAAAUGUGAACAGCCUCAGCUAUGACGCACCCUCACCCCCGUCCUUUGCCAAACCCCAGCAAAAUAUGUACGGCUUGGCCGCGUACACGGCACCCUUGGGUGGCUGCAUCCCACAACAGAAGAGAUACCCGGGCUCCGAGUACGAACACCACGGCAUGCAGAGCAACGGCAGCUUUGCCAACGCCAAUUUGCAAAGCAGCCCCGUUUACGUGGGUGGGAAUUUUGUUGAUUCCAUGCCAGCCUCGGGCCCCAUGUUCAACCUCGGCCAUCUUCCCCACCCCUCAUCCACCAGUGUGGACUACAGCUGUGCCGCUCAGAUCCCAGGAAACCACCACCAUGGACCCUGUGAUCCCCAUCCCACAUACACAGACCUCACCUCUCACCAAGCGUCUCAGGGAAGGAUUCAGGAAGCGCCUAAACUGACGCAUUUGUAAUAUGUGGUUUCGCGCGUGUGUGUGUGCGUGCGCGUGUAUGUUUGCGUGUGUGUGUGCCAAGAUUAUGUUGCGCUCUUUUUUUAUUACCUCACUAGUCUAAUAACUACACUCCAAGCGAGUCGUGUGUAUUAUUACAGUAUUAUUGAUAUUACUAUUAAUGCUAUUGUGUAAUUAUUUUCUAAAUAAUACAGCUUUGUCCAUUUCUCUUAAAUAUUUGGGGAUGCGGAGAAGCAGACUAGCCCGGUUGUCAGUAGUUCUUUUUUGUUCUUGUUUUUUCUCAAGUGCAAUGCGCAAUUGUUUUUUUCUUUUUCUUUUUGACUGAGUAUUUCAUGCCAUUACUUGAAGGUAAGUCUUGUAGAUCACAAAAAUAGAAGCGCAUCCUUAGCGAGAAGGAUUUUUUUAGGGAAGUUUUUCGUCUGUUUGUUAGGCUCUCAUUUCCCCCGCGCACACCCCAAUUUAUUUAUUGUUUUGUAAUUUGUUUUUUUUUUUAUUUGCAUAAUCUUUUGUACUAGCAUAUAGCCUAUUUAUUAUUUAAUUCCUUUUGUAUUGCACAUUAUUUAUCGUUUAUAUGCGAGUAUUUAUACGUGUGGAGUUUGUUGUAAGAUUGGACAGAUCAGUGCACUUGGAAGUGUGGGCAAAACAGGGUUUGGAAAAUGCUAUGACUCGCAAUGUGUUGUUGGUAUAAAAAAAAAUCAUUUCUAAUUGUAAAUCUGGGACAAAUGGGACAUUUUAUAGUGUAUAAACAUCACUAUAUGUCCAUGGUUAUUCUUGUGUCAAAUCUUAAGCAAAACGUAGACUAUCGAAGUAUCAAAUAUUAUACACACCAGCAUGUCAUUUUGUGUAGUCCAUUGCUAUUUUUUAUUUGUCUUCCAUUGUUAUUCCAUUCAGUUGGAUAUCCAUAAAUUUAUGAAACCCUAAUGAUAUUGAAAUGUUAUAUUUUAUUGUGUUCAACAUUUUGUAAAUAAAGUGCUUAAACUUC